AUGACCUCAACACGCAUGUCAUUCGAAACGGAGGCUCAACAGGCCGACCGUCCCUACACACCAUGGGACGAUAUGGUUCUGCCAACCGUUUAUUCGUGGAGCGACUUGGAAGGAGACGAAGACGAUAAUGGGUCGACGAAGGCCCAACAGGCUGACCGUCCCUACACAUCAUGGGACGACAUGGUUCUACCUACCGUGUACUCGUGGAGCGACCUGGAAGAAGACAAAGACGAUAAUGGGUUGGAAGUCGAACCUUCCCAUGAAUACUCUUCUGGGCAGAAUGGCGCCAAAUGCGCCAUAGAAGAAGAAAUGAACGAGAGGCAGAUGGUCGAUGCGCCAGUCCGACACCUGAGGGACUGUCGCAUCGACCCCGACGACGACUGGUCGGAUUAUGAGGCGGACGAUGAGUCGGAUAACGAGUGCGAUGACGGGUACGAGUCAGACGACACAGAGAUAUGGGCGGAAAAGCACCAUUUGGAUUGGCCAUCGUAUCAUCAGGAUUAA